UUUCACUUCUCAGAAAGUGAAACUCAGACAGUCGUUGUCACUGAGAGGUGAAAUGGCGCAGCAAGGAGCUCAGCUGGACGGAGCAAAAUUCUGCUGUUCGAUCUGUUUGGAUCUACUGAAGGAUCCGGUGACUAUUCCCUGUGGACACAGCUACUGCAUGAGCUGUAUUAAAGGUUUCUGGGAUGAAGAGGAUGAGAAGAAAAUCUGCAGCUGCCCUCAGUGCAGACAGACCUUCACACCGAGGCCUGUCCUGGUGAAAAGCACCAUGUUAGCAGAUAUAGUGGAGGAGCUGAAGAAGACUGGACUCCAAGCUGCUCCUGUUGAUCACUGCUAUGCUGGACCUGAAGAUGUGGCCUGUGAUGUCUGCACUGGGAGGAAGAUGAAAGCUCGCAAGUCCUGUCUGGUAUGUCUCGCCUCUUACUGUGAGAAACACCUUCAGCGUCACUAUGAUGUUGCUCCACUAAAGAAACACAAGCUGGUCGACCCCUCCAAGAAGCUCCAGGAGAACAUCUGCUCUCGUCAUGAUGAGGUGAUGAAGAUGUUCUGCCGUACUGAUCAGCAGAGUAUCUGUUAUCUCUGCUCUGUGGAUGAACAUAAAGGCCACGACACAGUCUCAGCUGCAGCAGAAAGGACUGAGAGGCAGAGAGAGCUCGAGGUGAGUCGACAAAACAUCCAGCAGAGAAUCCAGGACAGAGAGAAAGAUGUGAAGCUGCUUCAACAGGAGGUGGAGGCCGUCAGUCGCUCUGCUGAUAAAGCAGUGGAGGACAGUGAGAAGAUCUUCACUGAGCUGAUCCGUCUCAUCCAGAAAAGAAGCUCUGAUGUGAAGCAGCAGAUCAGAUCCCAGCAGGAAACUGAAGUGAGUCGAGUCAAAGAGCUUCAGGAGAAGCUGGAGCAGGAGAUCACUGAGCUGAAGAGGAAAGACGCUGAACUGAAGCAGCUCUCACACACAGAGGAUCACAACCAGUUUCUACACAACUACCCCUCACUGUCACAACUCAGUGAACCUACAGACUCAUCCAGCAUCAAUAUCCGUCCUCUGAGAUACUUUGAGGAUGUGACAGCAGCUGUGUCAGAGCUCAGAGAUCAACUACAGGACAUCCUGAGGGAGAAAUGGACAAACAUCUCACUGACAGGGACUGAAGUGGACGUUUUACUGUCAGAACCAGAACCCAAGACCAGAGCUGAGUUCUUAAAAUAUUCACGUGAAAUCACACUGGAUCCAAACACAGCAAACACAUGGCUGUUAUUAUCUGAGGGGAACAGAAAAGCAACAUUCAUGAGUCAACAACAGUCUUAUUCUAGUCACCCAGACAGAUUCACUGUAUAUUGUCAGGUCCUGAGUAGAGAGAGUCUGACUGGACGUUGUUACUGGGAGGUGGAGUGGAGAGGAGGAGGAGUUGAUGUAGCAGUCACAUACAAGAAUAUCAGCAGAGCAGGAAACUCAAAUGAAUGUGUAUUUGGAUACAAUAACAAAUCUUGGGCUUUAAAUUGUUACACUAACAGUUAUACAUUUUUGUUCAACAAAGUCUCAACUCCCGUCUCAGGUCCUGGUUCCUCCAGAGUAGGAGUGUACCUGGAUCACAGAGCAGGUAUUCUGUCCUUCUACAGCAUCUCUGAAACCAUGACUCUCCUCCACAGAGUCCAGACCACAUUCACUCAGCCUCUCUAUGCUGGACUACGUUUUUACUACUCUGUCAGGAACACUGCUGAGUUCUGCAAACUCAAAAUCAAAGGUCAAAUUAGUUCAACGUCUAAGGAAGUGAAUCUCAGACAGUCGUUGUCACUGAGAGGUGAAAUGGCGCAGCAAGGAGCUCAGCUGGACGGAGCAAAGUUCUGCUGUUCGAUCUGUCUGGAUCUACUGAAGGAUCCGGUGGCUAUUCCCUGUGGACACAGCUACUGCAUGAGCUGUAUUAAAGGUUUCUGGGAUGAAGAGGAUGAGAAGAAAAUCCACAGCUGCCCUCAGUGCAGACAGACCUUCACAUCAAGGCCUGUCCUGGUGAAAAACACCAUGUUAGCAGAUUUAAUGGAGGAGCUGAAGAAGACUGGACUCCAAGCUGCUCCUGCUGAUCACUGCUAUACUGGACCUGAAGAUGUGGCCUGUGAUGUCUGCACUGGGAGGAAGAUGAAAGCCAUCAAGUCCUGUCUGGUGUGUCUCGUCUCUUACUGUGAGAAACACCUCCAACCUCACUACAAUGUCGGUCAAUUCAAAAAACACAAGCUGGUCGACCCCUCCAAGAAGCUCCAGGAGAACAUCUGCUCUCGUCAUGAUGAGGUGAUGAAGAUUUUCUGCCGUACUGAUCAGCAGAGUAUCUGUUAUCUCUGCUCUGUGGAUGAACAUAAAGGCCAUGACACAGUCUCAGCUGCAGCAGAAAGGACUGAGAGGCAGAGAGAGCUCGAGGUGAGUCGACAAAACAUCCAGCAGAGAAUCCAGGACAGAGAGAAAGAUGUGAAGCUGCUUCAACAGGAGGUGGAGGCCGUUAGUCGCUCUGCUGAUAAAGCAGUGGAGAACAGUGAGAAGAUCUUCACUGAGCUGAUCCGUCUCAUCCAGAAAAGAAGCUCUGAUGUGAAGCAGCAGAUCAGAUCCCAGCAGGAAACUGAAGUGAGUCGAGUCAAAGAGCUUCAGGAGAAGCUGGAGCAGGAGAUCACUGAGCUGAAGAGGAAAGACGCUGAACUGAAGCAGCUCUCACAAACAGAGGAUCACAACCAGUUUCUACACAACUACCCCUCACUGUCACAACUCAGUGAACCUACAGACUCAACCAGCAUCAAUAUCCGUCCUCUGAGAUACUUUGAGGAUGUGACAGCAGCUGUGUCAGAGCUCAGAGAUCAACUACAGGACAUCCUGAGGGAGAAAUGGACAAACAUCUCACUGACAGUGACUGAAGUGGACGUUUUACUGUCACAACCAGAACCCAAGACCAGAGCUGAGUUCUUAAAAUAUUCACGUGAAAUCACACUGGAUCCAAACACAGCAAACACACAUCUGUUAUUAUCUGAGGGGAACAGAAAAGCAACAUUCAAGGAAGAAGAACAGUCUUAUUCUAGUCACCCAGACAGAUUCACUGAUUAUUGGCAGGUCCUGAGUAGAGAGAGUCUGACUGGACGUUGUUACUGGGAGGUGGAGUGGAGAGGAGGAGGAGUUGAUGUAGCAGUCACAUACAAGAAUAUCAGCAGAGCAGAAGACUCGAAGGAAUGUGGAUUUGGACACAAUGACAAAUCUUGGGCUUUAAUAUGUAACACUAACAGUUAUACAUUUUUGUUCAAUGGUGUCAAAACUCAUGUCUCAGGUCCUGGUUCCUCCAGAGUAGGAGUGUACCUGGAUCACAGAGCAGGUAUUCUGUCCUUCUACAGCAUCUCUGAAACCAUGACUCUCCUCCACAGAGUCCAGACCACAUUCACUCAGCCUCUCUAUGCUGGACUUUGGCUUUAUUCUUUAUUCUCUGACGGGGUCACUGCUGAGUUCUGCAAACUCAAAUAGACAGAAGUCAUUUAAGGGA